CAUCAUCACCUUCUGUUUCUUUCCAAGCAGAAUCACUUUAAUUUAAUAGCCACCCUUUUUGUGUCCUUGAAGUUGAAUCCGCAAUGAGAUAAACACAAGGAACCAGUCAGAAAAGAAUCCACUCCUUAGGUAACCAAUAACCAUCCAUUUCAUCUCCAAAAGGCUUAAAAAACAAGAAACUCAUCCAACCACGCAUCAAUAAUCAAAUCCCAGUUGCUGUCUAUACUAUAUAGUAUAUUUAACAUUAACAUAGUCAUACACAUAAGUAGAAGCACAACCUUAUUAGUAUACUAUAUAGUAUUAGACUAUUACUACCCUUUCAUUGUGCAUCAUACCAAAAAACAUGGGAGGCUGUUUUUCCUCCAAACCAUCCUCCAAAUUCAACAAUAGUGUUCGUUUGGUUCAUCUCAGUGGCUAUGUGGAGGAUUUUGAGGAGCCAAUUUCAGUGAAACAAGUCACAGGCACACCCUCAAAGCACUUUGUUUGUACCUCAGUUCAGCUUCUUUCAUCUAGCUCAAAGCCACUGAAUGGAGACACACAACUCCAACGUGGGAAUGUGUACUUCAUGCUACCUUACUCAAUUCUCCAAACUGAUGUCUCUCCUGUGAACUUGGCUUCCCUUGCAAAGAGGCUCACUGCAAUAGCCAACACAAGCAAAUGUGAGGACAAAAAGUCCUCUCUCAAAGAUGGUCCUUUUUCAAGCCAUGUUUGGAGUUCUUCACCUUCAAGGAGCCCUGGCAGGCUUGAGCAAAUUGGCCGAAGCCCGUGUCGAAUGCAGCCAUGGAAACCUAUCUUGGACACCAUCAGAGAGAAGUCCUUCAAUAAGAGGAGUGAGUCAGAUUUGCAAGAAUAUAACUGAUGUUUGAGAAGACCUUGAAUUGAGGUAACACUAGAAAGGAUGGAGGCAAGUUAGGUGUUGUGGUUUGAUGUUUGAGACAAUUGGUCUUGAAAAGUGAAAAUUUCUUGUGUAUAAUUCUCUUCUUGUAUUUAUGAAUGUUCCCCAAGGCAUGAUCCAAGUGAUUAAGCACUUGAUUUUUCA